UGGCUACAGUGUCGGUCCUCGUGUUCGUGUGCGUGUGGAACGUAAACAAGACAGCGUGAUGAAGGUGGUAACCGAAGGAGAAGGAAAAAAGAAAAAAUACAACAAAAACAAGAAGAAAGCAUGGAGGAAGAAAGCCGAUAUAUCGGAAAUAGAGGCAAUAUUGGACGAUGUAAGACGAGAGGAAAGAUUUGGUGGUCCACUGGAUGAGAGAGAGGAUGAGGACCUUAUGUUCUUGGAUACUGGUGAUUAUGAAACUGGAAGUGGUCUUCAUACUGACAAAAAAGAUGCAGCUGUUGAGUUACAAUUCGAAUUGGACACGACCCCAGGAUCGUCUGCCAAGAAACGGGUUGAAACAUUUAAACCGUCUAAAAAGCCUGUUAAUAAGGAACCAAUCAAGGCUUUCAAAUUUAUUAAUGGACUUCAAGGAGCAAAAGUUCCCAUAAAGCCAAGAAUGAAGGCUGGCGUUGUGACAGCGGCCAUGCAGGAGAAGGCUAAAAGAAUAGCAGAGGAUCCAAAGACUGCAAAGAAGUAUCAGAAGAAAGUGGAAGAUAUCAGGGGAGGUUUGACAAGAAAACACCGUGUUAAGGUGACCAACUUUAAGUCCAAGAAUAAGAAGGAUAUUUGGGAGGAGGCUGAUGAUACAGUCAAGGAAUGUUAUGACAAGGGCCUUGACGAAGAUUAUUUAGAUAACAUAGCAACUUACUACAAGGCUCAGACAAAGAAGGGUCAGAAAGUUGCAGUUCCUUCACACAGACUAAAGAAGCCUUCAGCUCACCCAGCAGUUCCACUCCCUGUUGCAGGAAUGUCAUACCAUCCUACAUUUGAAGAUCACCAAGAAGCUUUGCGACAGGCCGUGAAAGAUAUAAAGAAGAAGCGUAAAAUAGAAAAAAAAAUUGCCAAAUAUAGUCCGGCAGAAUUAAAAAGAUUAAAAUCAAAAUUAAGAGCUGCCCAGAAAAAUGAUUCUUGGUCAGAAGACUUAAUUGAAAAUCAUUCCCUUAUUAAUGAUACGAUCCAAUACUCUGGUGAUGUUGAAGAGAAGAAGAAUGAACAAAAGAGGGUUAAAACUGAGAAACAAACAAAAGGCAAGAAAGGUGGAAAUAAGAAAGGUAUUGUCAAGGAAGAAGUAAAUGAAAAUACAGAAUCUGUUACAAACAUUGUCAAAGAGGAAAUGGAAGAUCUGGAGGCUGAAGAUCAACACAUUGACACUGAUGAUAAUGAAGAGAUUGAUGAAGAUGAUGUUGAUGAAGAGAAUGAAGGAAUGGAAGAUGACGAUGAAGAGAUUGAAACAGAAGAUGACCUUGAUGAAGAGAUUGAACCAGAAGAUGACCUUGAUGAAGAGAUUGAAGCGGAAGAUGACCUUGAUGAAGAGGUUGAAUUGGAGGAAGAUGACCUUGAUGAGGAGAAGGAAGUGGAGCAAGAUGACCAUGUUGAAGGGAAUGAAGUAAUGCAUGAUGAAAUUGAUGAAGAGAAAGACACCGUGCAAGACAACAACCUCGAUGGUUCUGUGGAAAUAGACAGUGAAAAAGAGAAUGCACUUCAGCCGAAGACCAGAAUCAGGAAGAGAGGAAAGAGGAAGAAGAAAAAUAGGGAAGCAAACAGAGCUACGACAAAGGCCGUGCAAAUGAGAGUGGUGAAGCAAAAUCAGGAAAUUAAAGAAAAGGAAAUCAUAACUGUCAGUGAUUUACAGAAAGGUUUAAUUCAGCCAAAGAAGAGGAACACUGGCAAUGUCAGGAAAGAUUUUAGAACGACAGAUCAGGCACAGAAUGUACAGGACAGGGAAGUAAGGCUGACAAAUGGAGUAAACAAUGAACCAGCAGUUGAGAAUACGGAAAAUGUUGAGAAUCGAAGGAGAAGAGGAAGGAAGAGAAAAGCAGCAGAUAGUGGGGGGACGAACAGCAUGAAGAUGAAAAAGACAGAGAAUGUACAAGAACAGAAAAUGAAUGUGGGAAAGAAAGAAGCUGUCAAGCAUAAAGAAAAUGUUGCGACUCAAAAGAAAAAAGCUGUAGAGAGCAAAGAGAAUGUUACGACUCAAAAGAAAAAAGCUGUAGAGAGCAAAGAAAAUGUUGCGACUCAAAAGAAAGAAGCUGUCAAGCAUAAAGAAAAUGUUGCGACUCAAAAGAAAAAAGCUGUAGAGAGUAAAGAGAAUGUUGCAACUCAAAAGAAAGAAGAAUUGAAGGAAGAAAAUGACCAUAGUGAUGAGACAAACAAUGUAGAAGGAGAGAAGACAGAAGAUGUGACUUGGAAAAAGACCAGAAGGGGUGGAAAGAAGCACAAGAAGGGCGACCAAAAGGAGGAAGAGGAGGAGGUUGAAGAACCAGUAAUCAAGAAAACCAGUCACAAGAAGACAGAAAAGCAAAGAAAACUUGAAAGAAUGAAAAAAUACAAGAAGUCCAUGUGGGAGAAGCGCAUUAAGGAAAGGGAUAGAGAAAGAAAAAUUGAGCUUGUUCCUGCGUACCUGGAUGUCCUGAGGGACAGAACACUGAGAAAUAGGGCACGUCAAGACAGGAAGAGAUUGGUUAAAAAUGAAAAGAAAUUUGCAACACGGCGUUUAGCUCCAUUAAGGUUCAUGGCUGAGGACACCACAGUCUGUGAUGGAGAUAAGUUGCCAGGCAGCCUUCGAAGGGUGAGGCCAGUUGGGAAUCUGUUUCAUGAACGCGUUAAGCACUUGCAACGAAGAAAUAUUAUUGCACCAGGUGUUGACAAGCUGUAUGGGAAAAAGGGCAAUUUGAAGAAGGUUAUUCGUCGCAAUUAUAAGGAUGACAGAACAAUGAAGAGUGUAUAUGAUGACUAGAUGAAACUGUUUACAUAUAGGAAUGUAUUUAUGAGCUUUUACAGAUACCUUUAUGUAUAUUUCAUGUGUUUAAUAAUAAUGUAAUGAUUGUAAAUGUGGUUCAACUUGAUAAAAAUAUUAUUUGAAUGUUUUUAUUUGAACAGAAGUUCAUUGCCAGUUUAAUUGGUUCAUUAUUAUUAUAGUAUUAUUAAUAUUAUUAUUAUUAUAAUCAGUAUCAUUAUUGUUAUUAUUUUUAUUAUAUUAACGUAUAAUUAUCUUUACCUAAAUUUUUAUUAUUGUUAUUGUUACAUGAUAUUUUCUUGGUAAAUAAAAUUUUAAAGAUAAUUGAAACAAGCCAUUGGUCAGAAAAAUUAUCAUCAGAUGUAUUUUUUAUGCAAAAUUGUGGAGCAAACCAGUUAUUUUUGUUUAAUGUAAUUAAGCAUGGGAGAUGGGCAGAAAUUAAAGUGAGAAAGGUAUUUUUUUUUUUAUAAGAUUAUUCUCAUUGUAUACAUAAUGAAAUUUUAUGUAUAUUGAAUUGUAUGCUUUUGUCUAGUAAAAUAUUCUACAGA